UGUGUGUUUGCGAGGCGUCAGGUCGCUUCCCAAAACUCCGGAGCGGCGAGCCGAGGGACCGGGAGCCAGCCGGGCGGCGGGCGGCACCACAGCGGGACAUGGACGGCUGCUUUAGCGCUGAAACGAGCCUCGGAGAAACACACGAUAAAAGUAAUCAGCUUUCUAUUUGUUAGAGAAGCGAGAGCGGAGAGGAGAGGAACUUCUGCGGGGCGGCGGCGUCGCUGGCACGGGGAGCGGUGACGGCGGUUGGCGCCGGGAGAGCCGACAGUUUGACACUUUUAUCGGAUUUUUUUUGGAUUAACUAACGUUAUCUGUUGAGGUUUCCGCCACGAUAAUGAUCCGGCUUUGCCUACAAAGAGCUUUCCGACCGGUUUUCCAAAAGUCAACGCCGGGAGUCCCUCGGGUGGCCGCAGCGCCGCGGCCGCCGGGCUCGGAGCGCCGCGCCCCGGGCCGCUGGAUGGGGACGCACCGGCGGAACGAGCCGCGGGAGCCGCUGAACUCCCCGAAGAGAGCCAAGGACUUCAUCUACCGGCUGCAGCCCGCAGAGAGGAGCUGCCUGCUGCGGGAGCUGCAGAGCUUCGAGUCCAUAGCCAUCGCCCAAGAGACUCUGGAGCCGUCGCCGCCGUCUGCUGCUCAGAUCAGAUACGUUCUGCUCCACAAUGGCAUCCCCUUCGUUGGAUUUGGUUUCCUCGACAACGCCAUCAUGAUCGCCGCAGGGACUCAGAUUGAGCUUUCCAUAGGAGUCACGCUGGGGAUCUCCACCAUGGCCGCUGCCGCUCUGGGGAACAUGGUGUCUGACUUGGCGGGUCUCGGUCUUGCAGGCUACGUGGAGGCGCUGGUGGCCCGGCUGGGGAUGCAGGGCGCAGAUCUGACGCCCAAGCAGGUGGACAUGUGGCAGACCAGGCUGAGCUCCCACAUGGGUAAAGCCAUCGGCGUGGCCAUCGGCUGCCUCCUGGGAAUGUUCCCGCUGCUUUUCCUGAGCGACGACGAAGACGAGAAGAAAGAGAAAGAAGCACAAGCAGCUGCAGACGCAGCGUCACACUCCUAACAGCCCCACACACACACACACACACACACACCGUGCAGACAGGUGGUGUCGAUGUUAUGAAGGUGUGCAGGCGGGGAAACGAUCAGCUGAGCCGUCAGACUCUCCUGCUUCACUCAGUUCAGUGACGAGGGAGAAGCUGCAGACCCAGAACAAAAAUAAAUUUCACUCUGAGCAGAGCGGGAGCCGGCGGACGGGCUGGAGUCCCUGAGGGGGGCAGGGGGGGGGAAAAAUGAAUUUGAAUCUGAAACCUGAAUAAAUUUACUGGCUGCUGUUCAGAAACACGGGCAAUUAGUGAAUGAGCCCAAAAUGACCUGCAGCUUUAGUGAAGAAAAACAUUUGAAAAAAAAAAACAAUAUACAUGGAAGUUUGGAAAUAAUACAAAAAUGACAACAUAAAAGUUAUAUAAAAACUAUAUUUAUAAUAAUUGAAAUAUUAUAUUUGAAACUUGAUACACACCAAAACGUUUGGUUUGGGUCAGCUGAUCGUUUCCCGGCAACAGCGGCCGACUCUCUGGGCUCGGACAGCGUGAGGCUUUUAUUUUGUUUUUUAAUGACUCCAGUUUACUCUUGUCAUACGCACACGGACGACCGCGCUGAUGAAGAGGAGGACGACCGCGCUGAUGAAGAGGAGGACGAGGAAGACGAUCAUGUUUUGAAUCAUCGUCGUAUUUUCACAUCCGAAACACUAAAGACCCUUUUGGGUGAAAACGACGUCGACCUGAAGAAAACCAAAUUAGUUCUCCACUUUGUGUCGUCGUUCUCUGUCAGCCGCGCACUUCAAUGCUUCAGUUAUAUUAAUAUGCUUGUUUUUCUCUUAAAGGUUUUUUUUUUUUUUUUUUUUUUUGGCCUUUAAAGUGACGGGAAGCGAGGGCAACGCUCGUCUCCAGCACCCGGUGUGAUUUCUUUUAAAAACUUUACUUAUCUAAAAUUAAAGUGCAAGAAAAUUGCAAACUAAUUAAUGAAGAAAAAAGGUUUUAAAAAAUCCAUUAAUUCAACAUUACAGCAAAAAAUAAAUAAAAUAAAAUAGGAAAUGAGACACAAAAAAAUCAGAAAAGUACCACGAGAUUAGCCAAAAAAUUGUGAAACCCUUCCAGAAAAUGACAUUUAGAAUAUUAAUCAGCAUUAAAUGGCAAUAAAUAAAUAGAUAAAUAAAAUAAGUUAAGAGAAAAUAAAAAAAAAAGGAAAGAAAAAUCUGCCAAAAUGGAAAACAAGUGAAGAUGAAGUUUUUUUUGUUUGUUUGUUUUUCAGAGCGUGUUUUAAAACCUUUCAAAAUAAAAGCCUGUCCAUGGGUUUGAUUCUGUCUCUGCUGAGGGAAACGGUUUGCCUGUUUGGUGUCUUAACAGUGAACCUGAACUUCAGCGAGCAGGCAGGACUCAGUGUGCUGCUCAAGGGCACUUAGGCAGCACACAGUGGCCAUGGGGUCCAACUAGAUAAUUGUCAUUGUCAGUUAAUCUCGUGUGUUUUUGAUUGAUUUAAUAAUCUGUGUGUUAAAGUGGUCGUGUCCUGGAUGACGACAUGAACAGAGAAACGUAAACAAAUCUUCACAUCUUAGACUUUAAUCCGACCAUGUUUAGCAUUUUUCUUGCUGCAGAUUUUUAAAACUAUAUAUUUUUUCCUGUGAUCAACUAAUUAAUCAACUAUUUAAUCAAUUAAUUAACUAACUGCUUAAGCUGCAUGAGGCUGUCCCGCCUCUUUAAAGGAACACUCCGUCCAAAAUCCCCUUUUGUCUGACUUCCCCAGACUGAGACCAGAUGUUGGACACCAUGUUCACCUCUGGUCGUCCACUGGUUCAGUUUCUAUGGGUAGCAUUUCCUGUUAGCUUAGCAUAAAGACUUGAAGUCUAUGGGCGUCGUUAGCCUGGCGCCGUAGAAAACUAAACAACUUCAUGUCUUGAUGCUAACAGGAAAUCAGAGUCUGAGUGAAGGGGGUUGUUGGAGUUUUCCUUUCAGUAAAGAUCCACGUUGGAAACACUAAAUCCAGUCGCAUCGCAACAAAGUUUACUGACAUCAUCAAGACUUUGAAAAUUCAGUUAUCGCCUGCUGCCACUAGGGGCCGCCAAAGUGCAAAAUAACCCGGUGCACCUUUAAGUUACCACAGAUUUUUUAAAGAGCGAAAAAAUAAAGAAAGAAAAAGAACAAAAGGAAGAAGAAAAGAACAAACAACUGCUACCUCGAUGGCGAUAGUGUAGUUGUAGUUGCAUGAAGAGUUGAGUUUUUUAUUUUAUUUUAUUUUUUUCCGUCUUGCUGCUGGCGAGUGUGUCGGUGUGUGAGAUGAAUCCGGCGGCGCUCAGUCCCCGGAAACUCCUAUCACUGUUUUUAGGUUUUGGCUCAACACCGACGUUCGCUUUCCAAGGUCUCUCUCUCAUCUCUGUGUCUUUAUCGUUCUCUUUGUCACACACACACACACACACACACACACACACAGCAGAGCGGCGUCCAACAGGCUUUGGAAUUAAUUGGGGCUUCGACUUGAGAGAGGAAAAAACUAAAAAAAAAAAAAAAAACGCCGGCAGACCGUGCAGCUCCUGAAAGUUUGGGCAGCGACAGGAAAGAGUUUUGAAAGUCUUUUUCUCUGCCGCCUCCAUCUGCUCGUCCAAGAACAAAAAAAAAAAAGAGAAUAAGUGGCACACACAGAAGACUCUUAAGAGAAACUUCA